AUGCACUCCCACUCCUCCUGGACAGCACAAGGCAUAACGAUUCCGCCUGUUCAAAUCCAUGACAUUGGCACAGCUACGGAGGACUCUGCCCGCACUUUGAAUCAUUAUCUCAAGGCAAAUCACGCCAGAUAUUCCCUACUUUAUCAUGGAAAGCUCUUUCAUAACCACGUACCGCAUAUACUGAGCUCGGCCUAUCUGCUCGGAGCUGGUGCGGGUGAUCUUAAGCGCCUGUAUGAGGCCGAGUCAAGGGGAUUGGAGCCCUGGGCAGACUCGCCGAGUGACGUAACUACAGAAAAUUGGCGCGACUGCCUUGGGAAGAAAGAGUACGAGCGGGGUUUUGUGAAGUUUUUCCAAGGCGAAGUCGCUCGGGAAGGCGGUGACUGGAAAAAGGUAGCUGCAUAUUAUCUUUUCUCGGGGAAGCAGCCUCUGAUAAACUCUGUAGUCGCUGGCGCUGGACAUGCCCUCAUCCAUCUCGGCUACGCAUAUCAUAUGUCCAGCAGCGAAAUAGGUACGGAGGCGAUAGCAUUGACAGCAACGGACUACAAUGGCAUUCAUAAGUAUCUGGAGAAUGAGGCUUACUCUCAGGUUCAACCGCCUUACAAAUCACCGUCUCCUUUGGAGAUAUUGGAAAAGGUAAGAACAGACGAACGUUUCAAUCGCCUGUCCAGGCCGGGGUACAACAAUCUCGACACUAUUUUCCGGGAGUACGAGACUCCUCUUCUCGAGCACUGGAACGCUUGGACGAUUGACUCCCCAGUGGAGCAGUUUCGGGAGAGUCAGAAGGCCGCGGCAGCAAUGGCAGUUGCAGCGAACAAGCACGACUUCUUCCUCAUUCAUAUCCUGACUACUAGCCACGCGAUCCGCGUUCUUCUGCCUCUAAUACCCGCUCAGUUUCACACACCGGUUUUGCGUCAGUGGUGGCUAAUCACCGUGGCACUUUAUAUUGCCCAACUCCGACCCAAGGUCACGCCAUGGAAGAUAUUGGAGUACAACAUUAAGGGAAGAGAUUGGGAUUGGCCGAUUUCAAGUGCUCUCAAGGGACAGCACUCUACUGAUGCGCAUUAUGUCAAGGCCAUUCAUGCUCUCAAAGAAGCCUGUGACCUCUGGGGUGAUUCUGAUUCUUUCUUUCUCAAGGCAGCUGUAAAGUUUGCAGAUGAAUUUCAUGGAUGGAGUGGGUUUUCCUAG